AUGAGGGCAAUAUCAUUAAGCCUAAUUUCCCCAAUGAUAUUUAGUAUAAUUUUAGCACAAAAGUGUUUGAGUUUCGAGUUUGCCCCAAAUUACUUCCCAUUCUGUAGAAAAAAAACAAAGGAAAGCUAUAAGACUGCAGAUGAGCCACUUGAAAAUACGAUUUAUGACCCUGAUUUUCCAGAUCUCCAAUUUAUAGAUGAAUACACUCCAAAGGUAAUAGACAUUUGUAAAGUAAAUCAACCUAGAUUAGGUGAGCUCUUUAUCUCAGAAACCGUUGGUACUACCGAUGAUAAUGCUCCCGAAUUUUUAAGAAGAGAAUAUGACCCCAGGAUGGUAGGAUACUAUUAUAGACCAUAUGAAGAAGAGUUUGAAAAUAGAAAUUUUUAUCGUUUUGUACCUUUUAUGGACAGUCAUAAAUACAAUAAAUACAAUAAAACUAUUAAACUUAAACAAGAUUACUUAUGCCCUCCACCACCUAAGACACUUGAAAAUCACGAAUUACCUAAAAAGGAAGAAUUACCAGUAGAACAAAAAUUACCUAAAACAGAAGAAUUAUCAGAAGAAGAAAUAUUAAGUACAAUAUAUGGAGAAAAUGAAGAAAUAUGUGAACAGAACAAGCACCUAUUAUGUACCGAUCCAGAAGAAACUAUAAAUGCAAUCAAUCUUAUGACCGAAGCCAUAACACAUUUAGAAAAGCAUGUUGCAGAUAAAGAUGGUUAUGAAUUAUGUAAAAUAUAUGAUUUUUACGGUAUGGCUUUAUAUAAAAAAAAGCAUGAAGGUUAUACAAUUCACAAAAUUAGAUUAAACUAUUAUAAUUUAAAUAAGUAUAAUGAGACAAUAAACGAGUUGUGGUAUCCCGCCCGUGGCAAUUCUUUCAAGACAGGCUCUACUAAAAAAAAAAUUGUUCGUGUGCACACCCCAAAUUUAGUAAUGAUACAACAACGUUACAAAACUUGGCCUUUUGGUCGUCAGAGAUAUUUUUAUGCUUUAGCUGCAAAGGUUGAGGUAUCAAAAAACAGAACUGCAAUUGUCAUGACUUCACCAAAUAUAAAUGAUCAUAACCCUUACAGUAAAGAAUAUAAAAACACAAUAAUAGAAAAUGCUAAUUUAUUCAAAGCUGAUAUUGAUUCUGAAAAAGAUAUUAGAAAAGGGAAAUUAAAAAAAACAUUUAUUAACAUAGCUGGAUACAUCAUUGAAAAAAAAACAGGAUAUGUUGAUGUCACCUAUAUCGAAUCUAUUGAUGGGAAUGCUCCCGGUUCCAUAGAACGCAUUAUUAGAAAUAUUAUAUAUUUUUUUGCCCCUAAUGAAUAA